ACAUCUCCCGGGAGGGGAGGGUUGGGCGGUGGGCUGUGUUCCCGCCACAGGAAAACCUUGGGUUAUAUUGUAAAGAGCUGUUUGCACUUAUUCUCGCGCAUACGUUUAUGUGGUUCAGUUGUGUGGUUCAGCGUUUUAAAAAGCCCCUGAGCUCCGGCUUCCUGCAGCAGCGCGGGGUUUGCUAUCGCCGCUCUGGAACAGAGCGUGUUACCCACUGCAACUCCUCUGAGUGCUCUGCUCAUAAGGUUCUUCUCAUAAGAGGAACAGAGUGUGUGUCCUGGUGUGACGCCUUGGCUUGGCAGCAUGGAGAAGGAACAGGUUUCCAAACGUCUCUAUGUUGGAGGGCUUGGCCACACGGUUUCCAGGGCUGAGCUGGAAGAAAGAUUUGGCAAGUUUGGGCGUGUUUUGGAGGCAGAGAUUAUUACCAGGAAAGAUGAUCAGGGGAAUCCUACGAAAACUUUUGCUUAUGUCAGUGUCAAGAUUUCUGAUGCAGAUCUGAAAAAGUGCAUGUCAGUUUUAAAUAAAACAAAAUGGAAAGGGGGGACACUGCAAAUUGAGUUGGCCAAAGAAAGCUUUUUGCACAGGUUGGCCACAGAGAGGGAGGAAGCAAAGCUGCAGAAAGAAAAACCACAGAAAAAUGACCAAAUGUGUCUGCUGGAAUCACUGAAAAAAAAGGGAAUUGUGGACUUCCACAUGAGAGCAGUACCAGGUACAGAGGUGCCAGACCAUAAGAAAUGGGUUGUUGGAAAAUUUGGCAGAGUCUUGCCUAUCCUGCACCUUAGGAAUCAACAAAAAAAUAAAGUGGUGAAGUAUGACCCCUCAAAGUACUGCCACAACCUGAGGAAGCUGGAGCCAGAGCUGGCACCUGCAGCUCCUGUGUCCCAGCUCACCUGGAGCCUGGGAGGGGGAGAGGACAGUGGGAGCAGGAAGCGGCGAGGGGAAUGCCCUGGGACUGGGAAAGCACCGGAGAAACGGAGGCAGCUGGGCACAGAGGCCCUGGGUGGAGCAGCUCUGUCCUCUGGGUGCCCACCACAUCCUAAACACACAGACUCACCCCAGCUCAGCCAAAGAUCAAAACCCAAACCUGCUGAUGAGUUGAAAUUGCCUCCAGCAAGGAGAUUGGAUGGGAAAAUAUCUAAAAAUGCUAAUGGAGUUACAGGCAAAAAUAAUACCAGUCAUUCUGAUAGUGACAUUGAUUCUGAAGAGGAGAUCAGAGCAAUGGUAAAGAAAGAGGCAGAAAGACAGAAAGCUGAAAAUGUUGAGACUGAAAGUGAGCACUUGGAAAUUGUUGGGGGUAAUUUUGAAUUGAAAUACAGUAGCCACUGGUCCUUAAGCAAUUCAGAUGCCACGAAGAAAGCUGUCAAAGGAAGUAACAAAGAGGAAGAGGCUAUGGAAUGUGAUAAUGGUUAUGAUUCAGCAGAUACAGAUGAAAUCAUUGCUGAAAGUAAAACUCCAGAAGACUCGAAACAGGGGAGGGUGAAAAAUAAAGAAAUACUAGCUAAAAAAAAAAGUGGUUUGGUAAACAGCUCCUCACUGAAACCUCGCAGUUUAAAAGAAGAACACGUUGAAAGAAAAGGGAAAAGCAAAAAAUCCAGAAUUGCUGCCUUGCAGAGCACAGCAGAGACAGGUGAUAGUGACAGCUCUUGUUCAGAGUCUGAAACCAGCUCUGAUUAUGAGUCUAUGAUGCAAAACUGUUACCGCCUAGACCUUACCUUGGAUGACUUAAAAGCACUGGCCACAGAAAACACUGGGACACCUGCAGAGGGGUCAGGCAGUGAACAGAGUCCUUGUCACUCCAGUGUUGAAGAUAAUCCCAAGGAUAAUACUGUAAAUAAACCAAAAUUUUCUAAAUUUCACCCUGCAGUUAAAAAAAACCCCAUCUGUCCUGAAGAUGUGCUGGCUGAUAUUUUAGCAGGGGAGGAGGAUGUUGUUGAGGAAAGCUCCAAGGGACAGAACAAUUCACAUUUGAAAUAUCAGCCCUUCAGAGGAAUGGGGUCCCUCUGUGUAAAAGAGUUAAGUAAGGACAGCACUGGCUUAAAGAAGAAGUCUGUAGAAAGUUUGGUAGCUGAAGCUUGUACAUCUUAUUUUGGGAAGGAGUUACCUAAAAAUCAGUCAAAGAACCAUCCCUCGUGUUCACCUGAAGUCAGCAGCAAAAAGAGACACAAAGUGCCUUUUGAACAGCAUGAGGAGCUGUCAGCUGCUGCCUCCUCAGCAGGUCAGAGACUUCAGCCUGGUUCCAGGCCUCAUUUGCAAGGGAAGAACAAAGGUGUGAGUUCUCCACAAGCCCAAAAUUCAGAGCACAGAGCCGCUGCUGCCAGUACUGAUCAUGGUGAUGGGAGCAGUGACAUGGACAGUGAUGCUGCAGGGGCCCAGGAGCACGUUAAACAGCAACUGAAGAGCCCAAAACUGCUUUCCAAAACAUUAAAGAGGAAUACAAGCAAAAAAACCCCAGAAUGUGAAGGUAAUGAAGAUGGGAAGGAGAAUACAAGCCUUUUGGAAGAUAAGGAGCUUUGUCUUCGAGCUGCUGCUUCCUCAAAGGAGCCCAGUGCAAUAGAGAAACAGCUCCAGGACAACCAGAGGAGGCUGGCAGCUCUGGAAGAGAGACACAGAGAGAGGGAAUUACAGAAAAAACUCAUUCAAGGAGCUCUUUCAAAUCUGGACAGGCAGCCAGCAGGACAGCACAAACACAUCAUAUUCGAUUCUGAUGUGGAAGAUGAAGCUAAAGAGGAUGAGAUGUUGAAGAAGGAUGCAAAUUUGGGAAAUGGGCAUGGAGAAGAUAAGUCAGCUCCCAAACCUUCGGGCAGACUGUUUGAGAGCAGUGAGGAUGAGCAAGAGGAUACGGAUGAUGAGCGAUUCAAAAUUAAGCCCCAUUUUGAAGGCAAAGCUGGUGAAAAACUCCUGCAGCUGCAGUCUCGCUUUGGCACUGAUGAAAGGUUCCGCAUGGAUGCUCGAUUCCUUGAGAGUGACAGUGAGGAAGAAGCAGAGACAAACAGCCUGAAGGCAGAUGAAGAAGAGGAGCUUGCUGCAGAGAAAAAGAAAAAUCUGCAAAUACUGGGAAGCCUCCUAAAUAUCAACCUGGAGCAGCCCAAGCCAAAUAAAACAGCCACAAGUGUGAAGAAAUUCAAAGAUAUUAAUGCCCUCCGGUAUGAUCCAACAAGAAAGGACCAUGCAGUUUUUGAAAGGAAACCAAGUGCUACAGAAAAGGAGAGCCAAAAAAAGAAGAAGGAAGAGAGUGAGACACUGCCCCAAGUGUCUGAAGAAAUCUAUUAUGAUAUUGCUGCUGAUUUAAAAGACUUGUUUGGAUCUUCAAAGAAAACACCAGAAAACACGGAGGAAAUACCCUGGGACAAAGAGGAUGCACAGGACUCUGCCCCAGAUGACCAUCUGGGACCUUUGCCUGAGAAGGACGCAGCUCAGGAGCUGAGUGCUUUCAAGUUUUCCUUCUUUGGAGACACAGAGGAGUUGGCCAUCAAAAAAGAGCCUUACGUACUUGAAACAAUAAAGCCAGUGAAGGUCACGUGGCAAGAGGAUCCACGUUUCCAGGACAGCAGUUCUGAGGGUGAUGAUGAGCCUGAGAUGUCAGGAAGUGAAAAGGACCAAGAAAUGUUUCUUUUUUUACUACGCACAGAAAGUGCUAGAGAUUUUUUCUUCUCCAAAGAUGAUGAACGCCUAAGAGAGGGUCCAAAGUUAUUCUGUAGAUCUGAAGAGCUCAGUGAAGAAAAUGAGGGUUGGGAAGACAGACGUAGAUUAUUGCUUGAGGUGAGUAAAACAUCUAUUCCCUGGUAACUCUAGGUGAAAGCAGAGCAUGGGGAAGGAAUGCAGGUUGCACUGUGCAUGCAAAAUAUAUUCAGAACCUCGAAGAGAGCUUUAAAUUUGUAAUGACCAGGUGCAAAUGUUUUUUACUCUGCCAGUGUGUAUAACAUCAUGUUGUGUUUUCCAGUCAGGUAAAACAAUGCUUCUCUGUAUGUUACAGCAGCAGCUACUUAACUGUAUGUAAGGAAUGUAUUUAAGAGAAAAAGUGAAUUCAGAAACUUCUA